CCCAUUAUUAUUUUCACUACACCAACCGCCACCAAAUGUUGCUCCUUGUACCGACCCUUUUAAUAGUGUUUAUCACCCAAGAGGUGUUAUCCACGGAUUACUGCGACAAGGAUCUGUGCCAACCGGAGAUAACGCAUAUCGCUUGUCAUAAUUACGGGGACUUUGAUGAGACCUGUGGCAGUGGAGCGAUCAUCAUGAAGUUUCCCAUGCAUUUGCGUGCCCAUCUACUGUCCGUUCUGAAUGACUUCCGUAAUACAGUGGCUCUGGGACAGUAUCCAUCCUUCAGUCCGGCUGCCCGGAUGGCGACUCUCCGUUGGCACGAGGAACUGGCCGGAUUGGCCAAGUUUGCCUUGCGCCGUUGUGAGAAUAUGGACGAUUACUGCAGCAACACGGAUGAGUUCAGAUAUGUGUCCUAUAUCUACGGUAGUACCAAGUGGUUGCACCAGGAGAAGACCCCCAAGUCCAUUAUGGAAUUUGUGUUGCAAUUUUGGAUGGAUGAUAUAAAGACCUGCUCAAUGGCCCACAUUAAUGCCGAGAAACCCCCCAAGGAUAGGCACUGUCGCGGCUACUUCACCCAACUGGUCCAAGACCUGGCUGCCCACGUCGGCUGUGCCAUGAUGAUGCGAAGGAGCCAAACCAGCGGACUUUAUCAGUACGGAGUCCUUUGCCAUUUUUCCCGCGGGAAGAUCGCAAAUGAGCUUGUCUACCGCGAGAGUGCGCACCCGGGCAGUCGCUGCUAUGCGGGAACCCACUCCAUAUAUCAAGGGCUCUGUUCGCCCGAGGAGCAUGUCAAUCCCAAUGCCCUACAAUUAGGCGAGCUUAAUUAAGUUGGUCAUGCGGAGUCUAAUAAACUUAGGU